AUGAAGUUGCUUUUAGAUAUAGAGAAUAAUGACAGCAAAUGCAUGAUAGGGAUCUUCAGAACUGGCGGGAUUGGUAAGACAACUCUUGCCAAAGCCAUCUACAACUCGAUUGCUUCUCAUUUUGAAGAUAGUUGUUUUCUUGAAAACAUUAGAGAAACUUCCAACAAAAAGGGCCUGAUCCAUUUGCAAAUUAAACUCAUUUCUAAAAUCCUAGGAGGUUCAAGUCAAAUGGUUGACAAUGUUGAUCAAGGAAUUACUUUGAUACAACAAAGGCUUUGCUUAAUAAGGAUACUUCUAGUUCUUGAUGAUGUGGAUCAUUCAGACCAAUUAGAAAAGAUAGUUGGAAAAGGCAAUUGGUUUGGUUUAAGAAGUAGAAUCAUCAUAACAACAAGAGAUAAGCAUUUACUAACUAAACAUCAAGUUUUAACCUACGAGGUGAAGGAAUUGGGUUACUUAAAAGCUCAUAAGCUCUUUAGUUGGCAUGCCUUUAAUAGAGAUAGACCUGAUGAUGAUUAUGUGAAAGUCACAAACAAUGUAGUGUGUUAUGCUGGAGGAUUGCCACUAGCUUUGCAAGUGCUAGGCUCGAGUCUAAAAGGUAAAGGAGAGAAUGUAGAAUAUGUCACAAAAAUAGUAGAUAGUUGUGGUUUUCACUCAUAUAGUGGCAUCGAAGAGCUAAAAGAUAAAUGUCUCAUAACUGAGUUUUCGGAUAAAUCAUUGGUGAUACAUGAGUUGCUGCAAGAAAUGGGUAGAGAAAUUGUUCAACAUGAAUCGCCGGAAGAACCUAGCAAGCACAGUAGAUUAUGGUUUCAUGAAGAUGUUUGUCAUGUUCUAGAAGAAAAUAUGGAUAACAUAAUAGCAGAGGGUGGACAAGAUGAAGAACAUCCUCAUGAUCAAGUUGCAAUUAUUGUUGGAGUCUACAGUGAUGGUAAUGAAAUCUAUUGUCCUCAUGGAGAUUACCAUAAAACUUGCUAUGGAUCAUUGUGCUACGAUCAAGUAUGGUUGCAUUCCUAUGUUCUUCCAGAAGAUGUUAAGCUAAAGAGAGGAGAUAAUCUUCAAAUUUGCUUAAGUAUUUUCCAGUAUCAUACAGGUUUGAAUUUUAUAUCUGUGAAACAUUCAACGUCAGUGUUCUUUAGAAGUUGCAGAUUCCAUUUGGUACAAAAGCAUGAAGAAAAAGUGAUAGAUUUAAUCCAACCUUCAAAUAGAUGCCGUGAUGAUGAUGAUGAAUGA